AAAUGUUUAGCCCGGAUCGGUCUCGACUGUCUCAGUCAACACGUUGCUAACUCUCGCUACGGUUAUAAGGUCGAGUACGUUGAAGAAUUUACGGAUGUGGUCAAAGCUCGUUAAAUCAUUGUGAAUUCGUACGAGAGAAAACACGAGCAAGUAAAUAUCACAUGUGAAUAUCGCUAUCAUGUAGUCGGUCGUUACCAAUGUCGGAUAACAUCGUCGUGACGGGUUUAAGAAAUAAUGCCAGCAAAUUUAUUAAUUUUCGAUUACUUCUGAGACGGGAACUCGGGCGGCGUUGUAUUACUAGAGAUUGCAGGGAGGAAUUCGUGUCAUUUGAAUCGUAGAAGAAAGAAAAUAAACACCAAGAUGGAUAUUAUGGACGGUACCCGAGGCAAUGGCCUCCUUCAUCUUAAAAACGGAGUCGACUACAUCAAUCCGGGCGAAGAGGAUCAGAUGGAGAUUUACGGAUAUAAAAGGAAUCAGGUACGAACCGCCGUAACCUGGUUCAUGAUAGUCAUCACUGGUGGCUUACUGAGAUUGAUCUUCCACUGGGUGCCGCAUUUUAUGCUUCUGGUUACGCAUUCGCAAUGUCCUAUGGAGGAAGCUGAGACUGUUUUGCUCAUCGAAAGAUUUCAAGGAAAACACACAAGUUACUAUGUGAAGAAACUUAAAACUCUUACAGCAGAAGAAGUGUUGAAAAUGCCACACGACGGAGACUCUCUGAUUGAAAAUGAAUCGUGGCCGGACAAUGGUAGUGUUGUCGAAGUUAAAGAAGACAAAGAAGUACCGACCUUGUCCAUACAUUUAACCGGUGGCCAUUUCAAGAAGGUCUCGUCCAUACUCACGUUCAAUUGUAAGAAAUUGACUUAUAUUUGGGACACGGAGAGAUCUGAAUUUUUGAAAUUGCGUGGUCUGGAUGUUGGGGUGUUAACGUCCACUUUACAUCAGAUGCCAGGUUUGAGUUCGCAGGAACAAUAUAUGAGACGCAGCGUAUAUGGGAAUAACGAGAUUGUAAUUCCAGUGAAGAGUAUUCUGACCUUGCUGGGUCUAGAAGUGCUGAAUCCUUUUUACAUUUUUCAACUAUUCAGUUUUUGCCUCUGGAUUGCUGAUGAUUAUUUCUAUUACGCAAUGGCCAUCUUGAGCAUGUCAGGAUUUGGCGUUGCUAUGGCUGUCGUUCAGACACGCAGAAAUCAGCAUAAUCUCCGAUCCACAGUACACUCCUCGGAUGUUGCGACUGUCAUUAGAGAUCGUGCAACUGGGCAAACCGCGACGGUACCCGCAGAACGUCUUGUGCCUGGAGACAUUUUAGUAAUUCCAUCUCACGGCUGCUUGAUGCCCUGCGAUGCGGUAUUAUUGACAGGAAACUGUAUUUUGAACGAAUCAAUGCUUACUGGAGAAUCGGUACCAGUUACCAAGACUCCUAUUCCGUCAUCGAAUGAAGUUAUGUACGAUACCAAGGAACAUGCUAGACACACACUCUAUUGUGGUACGCGUAUCAUCCAAACAAGAUACUUUGGAAGUGAAAAGGUUCUGGCCGUCGUUAUUCGUACAGGAUUUAAUACCAGUAAGGGAGGUCUGGUUCGUUCUAUAAUGUAUCCUCCUCCGGUAGACUUCAAGUUCGAGCAGGACUCGUACAAGUUUGUGGAGUUGCUGGCAUGUAUCGCAAGUAUCGGAGUGGUCUACACCAUAGUAACUAAAGCAAUGAGAGGAGUGCCAGCCAGUCACAUAGCAUUAGAAGCAUUGGACCUCAUAACCAUAGUAGUACCACCAGCAUUACCAGCCGCCAUGACAGUGGGUCGUCUCGAAGCCCAGAAUCGACUCAAAAAUAAUAGAAUUUAUUGUACAAGUCCAAGAGCAAUUAACGUAUCAGGAUCCAUAGAUUGUAUUUGCUUUGACAAGACCGGAACUCUCACUGAAGACGGUUUGGAUAUGUGGGGCGUAGUUCCGGUUUAUUCAAGAAAGUUUCAAGUACCCGUCAAAGAUAUACGUACACUGCCACUCGACGAAGUAUUGAUAGGCAUGGUAACAUGCCAUGGGAUCACCAUAAUCGAUGGGCAGCUCAUGGGAGAUCCAUUAGAUCUGAAAAUGUUUGAGUCUACUGGUUGGACCUUAGAGGAACCGGAUGUCUCGGACACGUCGAAAUUUUCCAUGCUGUUCCCAACAGUGGUCCGUCCACCUAAGGGUUCCAAGUACCUGCAAAACGUACCAAAUCAUCAAAUAGUCUCACCAUCAAGACAGAAUUCCAUAUCCUCGGACGUUGUCGAUAACGUUUCCUUGACGAAUCUCGAUGGAGCUAUAACCAAGUCGACUGUGGAUCUAACCGAACGAGGUUUAGAAAUUGGCAUAGUAAGGCAAUUUCCGUUUACGUCAAGUCUGCAACGUAUGAGCGUAAUUACUAGAACGCUUGGAGCCAACCAUUAUGAACUAUAUUGCAAAGGAAGUCCCGAAAUGAUUCUAAGUCUCUCCAAACCAGAAUCCAUACCAUCGGAUUUCGCUUCGGUUCUUCAGGAAUACACUUCAGAGGGUUAUCGAGUAAUCGCGCUUACGCACAGAUCAUUGAAUCGACUUUCAUAUGCAAAGGUUCAGCGUAUCAGUCGUGAGUCGGUUGAGACUGAUUUAACUUUCCUGGGAUUUGUGAUAUUGGAGAACCGGCUGAAACCGGAAACGUCACCAGUGGUCGCAGCGUUGAAUACUGCCUGCAUUAAAACAGUUAUGGUUACCGGUGACAAUAUGCUGACAGCGCUUUCGGUUGCUAGGGAUUGUGAUAUGAUCAAACCGAAUAUGCCAGUGAUUGCAGUGGCUGCCAUUACUCAACAAAAUCAAAUCAAGCCUGAGGUUUACUUUACAAAAAGUACGAGUCAGCAGUCACCUAUGUCGCCUACUGAACAGGCUGACCUUAGCGAAAUGACGGAUUUGAAUAGUGUGGCAAGUUUGGAAACAAUCGAAAGCGGUUCCUUUGCUAACAAUCGUUUGGAAAAAGAUGGGAAUUACUUGUCCGAUGAUGUGCAGCAUUCCUGUAACAAGUAUGUUUUUUCUCUUACGGGUAAAACUUGGGCCUUGAUCAAACAAUAUUAUCCAGAAUUAAUACCGAAAAUAACCACGCGUGGAGCCAUUUUCGCGAGAAUGUCUCCGGAUCAAAAACAGCAGCUUGUCCAGGAACUCCAGUCCUUGGGAUACUACGUAGCUAUGGUCGGUGAUGGCGCUAAUGAUUGUGGAGCCUUGAAAGCCGCCCACACCGGAAUUUCAUUAUCCGAUACCGAAUCAUCAGUGGCUUCGCCAUUCACAAGUCGUGAAACUAACAUAUCCUGUGUAUUGGCAGUCAUUCGUGAAGGACGAGCAGCACUGGUGACCUCUUUCGGAAUCUUCAAAUACAUGGCCGCUUAUUCCUUGACUCAAUUCAUAUCAGUGAUGCUACUCUACAGCAUUGAAUCUAAUUUGACAGACAUGGAGUUUCUCUACAUCGAUCUCUUCGUCAUCUCCAUCUUUGCCUACUUUUUCAGCCGUACCGAAGCAUAUGAUGGUCCACUAGUGAAAACGCCACCGUUGACCAGUCUGAUUAGUACGGCACCGAUUCUGAGUCUUAUCACUCAAAUAAUCAUCGCCGGAGGAUUUCAAUCCACCAGCUUCUGGCAUCUGCAACAGAUGGAAUGGUUUCGUCCGUUUAACUCGACAUCAUUAGCAGAUAAGGACGAUGUUGGCUGCACAGAGAACUAUACUGUUUUCAUAGUAAGUUCAAUGCAGUAUAUCAUCCUGGCGAUAGUCUUCUCAAAAGGGCGUCCAUACAGAAAGUCACUAUUUACAAAUUACGGCCUCCUGGCAUCUUUUAUUCUGCUCACUGCCUUUUCAGUGUACUUGGCCGUCUAUCCGUUUCAAUGGCUAGCUGACAAAUUUGAAUUGGUACUUCCAAAUGAUUAUGGUUUCCGUUUUAUUCUCGUUGCUUACGGUGUUAUCAAUUUCAUUGUGUCGAUGUUCAUUGAAUAUUUCUUCGUCGAUUAUAUCGUCUUCAAGAAGCUAAGAUAUCGCUGGCACAAUGUAGACAAAUCCCGCAGAAAGUUCCUUGCUAUCGAACGUGAUAUGGCGCGAGAUAUAAAAUGGCCACCUAUCUCUCAUGAACCACUGCCAGAAGCUGCACCAGAUUUACUGAUUCGACAAAACGUCACUGAGAUCAAAAUUGAGAAACGCGUGACCGAACCCCAUCCAGAAGACUCGUAUCCAAAAGCAACUAUAGAGUCCGACCUUGUUGGCGCGAAUUUCAAAAGAUUUGGAUCAGCCCGUGAAGUCACGCUAAAUCCUAGAUCUUUGUUCGACGAUCAAAGAAACACAGUAUCCAUGCAGACUGUACCCUGCUUUGAAGAUCAUGAAGUUUAUACAAAGCAAUCACAAGUGAAGCCUUUGAGCAAGCGAAGACAUAAUUCCGAAUCAGAAAAUGGCAUCCAUCAAUAUGACAAGAUCUACAAGAACCACAAUACUGAUCCGAUAGCAACCCUACCAAGAUAUCCUAUAACCCAACAGAAAUUGCCCCAGCCACUGGAGGACUUCAAAAACGUGCUCGUACAUAAAAGUGAAGAAAAUGCCUUCCGGACGGGUACUCAGAGUGUCCUGGAGUUGGACAUCCUGCCAUCCUGAGAGGACCCGAAGGGGGUCAGGUCCCUUGUAAAAACGACGUCGAUAUUCCGGAAAACUCCAAUCGAUCAUAAAAUGGUGCUAUCACACUCGCGCAUUCAAGCAGUAUCAAUACUGGUCGCGUGAGCCACGAAAUAUAUUAGCAUCCGACACAAACUGGUCUCUGAAAAUUCUUUGAGACAAGAUUAUCAAGGUAUCAUUGGAAAGCUGAAUAACAGUUGGCGGAACGUUGACGUGAGCCUACGGUGACAUAUGCUAUGCCAAAGUACGAAAUACGUGUCUGUUUUGAUCUAGGGUCCCUUUUGACCCAGGCUUUCUUAAGUAUUCGAACGUCGGCCCAUGAGAAAGUAUUAUUUAUAUCAGUCCUCCUAACCUUUUUAAAUUUCCUAACUCCCUCCAACUAAUUCCCCAGGAAUAUUACCAGGUUGCUCCCAUAGUUGAUUAGUAGCAGGAUAUUUUUUAGUUAAAAAUUUAGCCAUUUUAAAUGAAUUUCGUAGUGGACACAGCGAUGCGUUUACCCGCGAUAACACGGUUACUUAAACGCUCUACGUGAACUACACUAGUGAAUUAUUGAUAACGUUACUUAGGUAGAGAUUGCAAAUAUGUAUUAAAGUGAUAUAGUUCCAUAUGCUAGACACGUGGAAGUGGUUUAGGUCUCGUAGCAACUUUACAUUGCUACAAGGGGCCCCCUUGUGGGUGGGUUAGAAGAAUUUACAAAAAAUCAAUGUGUACUUAUAUACGCAUCUAUCUACUUAAAAAUGUAUCCCGUCACUUUACGGCGAUGUAGUUUGUGUUUGAAAAGGAUGAAAAGGAAAGAACAAAAAAUGCAUUAGCUGUUAUCGAAUAAAGUAUAUUUGUAACGCAUC